AUGCGCCAGCGCUCCACUCCCGGUGCCUUGGGCGCCAUCCGAAGGGAUCCUCAAAUAGCUCAAGCUUCCGCCGCUCCGUAUUCUUAUGGCGGUUCCUCUGGAUAUAGCAGCGGGCAGUGGAACGGUGGUUAUUCCGGUAGUUACGGUCAGCAAUCCGGUGCAACAGAUAUGUCGGCUGCAGGGUCUGCAGGCACCGCCGGGACUGCUGGAACAGCUGGUACAGCUGGUACAGGCAGCACUUGGGGCACUGGAAGUACGGCUGCGAGUGGUGCUUAUGAAGCAUCAGCAAAUACGGCUUCGACGUGGUCUGAGACAGGGACUACACCACAAGAAAGCCCUGCGGCGUGGUCUAAUCAAUGGGCUGCCCCUUCGCCAUCUCCGUGGGCGGCCAGUGAUACAUGGGAGACAUCAGCCAUUCCCACUCCGACGACAACCUGGGAGAGCACAUCCACUCCUGUCAGCAGUAUAUCCACAACGACAACGGCAGCCAGCAGUACCACUACAGCUGCCUCGGCUGCUGCCACUGGCGCCCCGGCGACGGGCACACCGACAUCCACCAAGGUGGGCAUCGGACUGGGUAUCUCGCUGGCAGUCAUUGCCAUCCUGGGCUUGUUCCUGUGGUCAUUGCACAGUAAGAAACGCGCGGUUCAGAGAGCCAUUGCAGAACACCAUAGGAAAUCCGAAAAGUCCAACCCCAGUCCAGGACCUCGACGACCCUCGUCAGUCAAGAGGUGUGCGUCCAGCUUCUACAACAGCAGUGUCUCCGCGAUGGGUGCCGUUCCCGAGGCAGCCCGAUCCGUCUCAUCUCGACUCCCCAGCAUGCCCGUCAUCUCCAAGCCCGACUACGCCCCUAUCAAAGACUUUACCAACAAGGUCUACGCCAAUGGCCGAAACACUCUCCGUACCGCAACCGGCAUUGUCAAAGCCACCUGGCGGAGAUCCCGCAUGCACGUUCCCCGACCUGCUUCUGAGAACAUGCACGAUCCCAACGGCACGCUGCGUGAUGGCUUCCGACAGAUCCACCAGUCAUACUUGGAACUGCCACGUCCGAACGAGAAGAUCCACCCUGCUCUACGAGGCCUGCACUCCUCCACCGAGACAUUAGUCGGUGCCGACAUGGGCAGACUCAAGGAAGUGAGCGUAUCCAACACGCCUCCCAAGGUCGACACGGGCAGGAUCCCAGAGGCCAAGGUAGCAACAUUAGAUACUGUGUCCCGCGGCACAUCCACCAACGAAAGCACCCCUGCCGUAUCUCGCAGCCCUACCAUUGAGAUUCCCACCAUCGAACUCCCCACCUCCCCAGGCUCACCACCCAUCUCCCUCGCCCGGGUCUACAGCGUCGACAUGGCCUUCCGACCUGUCAGUCCGGAACACAUUGAACUCAAGGAAGGCCAAACGGCCAUCCUCCACCUCGUCUACGACGACGGAUGGGCCCUGGUCACCCUCCUCGAAACCAACAAAGAAGGUCUCGUCCCACGAGCCUGCUUCUCCGCACAACCCGUCCGCAACCAAGCCCAAUACCUAGGCAACAACAUCAGCAUUUCAACCGAGAGUGUUCCCCGAUCCACAGGAUCCGCAACACCAACACCAUCUGAAACCGCAUCAGAUGGUGGUCUCGGUCGGUUUUACUCACAAUGCGCGAGUCCAGACCUCGGGCCAAUGGAGCCAGAGAUGCCACCGAACGCGAAGCUGAAAUCGUUGCCAUCGCUGGCGAGUUUGUUCAAGUCGGCUCCUAGCUUUAAAAGUGUGGUGUGA